AGGAGAAUCUGCUGAUCUUCUUGAGGGAGGAUGCAGAAGGUCGUGAACGGAUGAGCGAGGGGCGCCUAGACGGAAGGGUCGCGCAUGCGUUCCAUUUCGUCGACAAGGAUGUUCGACGUUUUUUUCAGUCACCGGUCGACGCUGCGCCGGGCACCGUCGACGCGCACGUUCGCGAGUAGUUUGAUAUGGGUCGUGGAUCUUAUAGUAAUUUUCUCAGGUAGGCCAAUUCGUGGUCAUUAAUCGCGUACGAUCGAGUUUUCGUGUUAACAACAGGAAAAAAUAUACGUUUCCAGUGAAGGAGAAGGCUAGGAUCAUUUUUAACGGGCCACGCGACAUACCACGCGCCACUCACGCGCUUUGCCUUUCCAUCUUGCUGCCAAAAGUGUCUCUCUAGGGACGAAUUUCACACGUUUUACACGGCAGGUGUUCUAUCCUCGUUUCCUGUUGUUCUUCGAUAUUUCCCUAUCGACAUUAUCAUCAAAAUUAAACUUUCCCUUAUUAUUAUUAUCUGAUAAUCGUAUCCCACGAUUUAGAUUGUGAAUGAUAGCUCUUGCUUGGUAGCAGGUGAGUCAAUCUCCGUACGAGAGGGCACCCGAAGGUGAGAGAAUUGCAGGUGAGAGAAACCGGGCAAGCGCAUCGCGAGGCACUGUUACGCACCUGGAUUUCACUGCUGUCGUUACUUCAAAGUAAAAUGCGGUCAGUGGAUGUGCGGCAGCUUCUUCGAUCCCAAGACUUUUAUAGCCGAAAGUACUGUGUAUGUUUCUACCGGUAGAGCGUAUGAGAAACAUGUUCACAUUGUUCGUGGUAUUUGGACCGUGAUAAAAUAACCGAAGAACUGAUCGAAUUUACGAGUCCUCGAUGUCGUUCUUAUCUGUCCACCUGGUUACAUCGUUUGGAGCAGCGACGUCUAUUUUGUCGCAAGCACUCAGGAAUAAUCUUUCCUGUGACAAAUUUUUCAGUAAAUCUAUUUGGAAAUCUCUUGUACAGACCAUCCUUGUGACAGGCUACCACUGAACGCUUCUCAAGGAUUCAUCAUCCUCGCGUUUGGUGGACGAGAUCUAAGACGGGAAGCAUGUCGUUGCAUUAUCCCCAAGGAUAUCGGUAUCGUCCGGCUAGUAAAGCUGUCGGAUCAGGAAAUGGAGAACAAGGUUCCGACAGUGAUGUUGCCGAACUCAGUGAUCUCGAGGACGAUGAGGAUGAAGAUGGGGGCGGCCAGUCGACUAAUAGACGUGUUGAACAAAACGUGAAGGAAGAGGAAGAGGAGGAUGAGGAUGACAACGAGGAUGAAGAUGAUGAUGAUGACGAGGAUGAUGAGGACCAAGAAGACGAAGAGGAAGAUGAAAACGAAGAGGACGAUGGAGUAGAUGAUGUGGAUGGCGACGAGUUACCCUAUCCUGGUUUUGUGCCGGUUGCAUUGCGAUACCUCGACCAGAAUACACGGCCGCGCAACUGGUGUCUGGCGCUCAUCACUAAUCCGUGGUUCGAAAGAGUGAGCAUGAUGGUAAUUCUUUUAAACUGCAUUACAUUGGGGAUGUACCAGCCAUGCGUCGAUGACCAGUGUGUAACAAAUCGCUGUAAAAUAUUACAAAUGUUCGAUGACAUCAUUUUCGCCUUUUUCUCCCUGGAGAUGACAAUCAAAAUGGUCGCUAUGGGCAUUUACGGGAAAGGAACGUAUCUCGCUGAUUCUUGGAAUAGAUUGGAUUUCUUUAUAGUAAUUGCUGGUGCCCUGGAAUAUUGUUUGAACGUAGAAAACAUGAAUUUAUCGGCAAUAAGAACAAUAAGAGUCCUUAGACCUCUACGUGCCAUCAACAGAAUUCCAAGUAUGCGGAUACUGGUGAUGCUUUUACUCGACACUCUUCCUAUGCUGGGCAACGUGCUGCUCCUAUGUUUCUUCGUCUUCUUUAUAUUUGGUAUUGUCGGCGUGCAACUAUGGGAAGGUAUUCUGCGUCAACGGUGCUUCCUGAAAGCUCUACCCAAUGUCAAAUAUCCCGACGACCUUGAGAAGUACUUCGAAUAUCAGGGUCAGGACUACAUUUGUUCGCGUCCCGAUGACAACGGAAUGCACUCUUGCAGUAACUUACCACCGCUCAAGUUGGGAAACGUGGUUUGCAAUAAUACCGCGUUGCCAAACAAUAAUACAACGUUUAUCACCAACGACACCUGCGUUAAUUGGAAUCACUACUAUACGGAAUGCAAGGGUCAGGGUAACAAUCCUUUCCAAGGAACGAUAUCAUUCGAUAAUAUCGGUCUUGCCUGGGUCGCAAUAUUUCUUGUAAUCAGUCUUGAGGGAUGGACGGAUAUAAUGUAUUAUGUGCAAGAUGCUCAUUCUUUUUGGGAUUGGAUAUAUUUUGUCCUUUUAAUUGUGAUUGGUUCCUUCUUCAUGAUUAAUCUCUGCUUAGUCGUAAUAGCAACGCAAUUCUCAGAAACGAAAAAGAGGGAAAUGGAGAGAAUGCGACUGGAACGUGCACGUUUUCAUUCUACAUCAACUCUUGCAUCAUCGACAAAUACUUCAGAGCCAACUACAUGUUACGCAGAAAUUGUUAAAUAUAUCGCACACCUGUGGCGAAGGGGGAAGAGAAGGUUAAUGAAGAGGUACCGAGUGUAUUUAUACAAAAGGCAACAGAAACGUGAGCAGAAUUUACUCAAGGAACAGCAACAACACGGACACCCAUUUCGAGGAGGUGCACCCGGCCCUGAUCCGAAUAGAUUACCUGGAGAUAGAAGACUCCAUCAUGGUAGAUGUCCCAGACUGUUGGCGGCUUUGGAAUACGCGGAACAGCAGCAGCAACAGCAGCAAGGCAUUGGCAGUGGUGGGGGAUCGCUUACUGAUUUCCCAGCAAACAGUCCUCCGACACAGACUGCGAUCCUUACAACCGCGAUUGGAAAUAAUGGUGGUAGCAAUGGGAAUUUGGCGAUUGCGCCUCGUGCCAGCCCCGAAGUAUCUGAGGCGGAUGUUUCUUUGAACGUGUGCAAUCGUAUGGGGCUUCAUCGAACUUCAUCCGUUUCUUGCAACGGAAGCGAUAAUGUUCUUUCGAACGCGACUGAAGCGAGCAUUCAGACGAACAACGCGCUGCUAAGUCCGCCUUGCACACACUAUCGCAGAAGAAGCAGCGUGAUGUUCAGCGACGUGGUGUUGCUGCACGGCAGCAACAGUGUCGGUAACGCGUUGCAGGCUGGCACGGCGGUUUCGCCCGGCGAAAGGAACGUGUGUUCGAGCGAAAAAAUGACGCAGACCGGUGACGGGAAUGUUUGGUCGAGUCCACUGCCAGACCAUAUACAGAUGCAAGCUGAAUUGGGUGGAAACGAAGCUAUGACUUGUCAAGAAUUACUUGCAUUAAGCGGUGCUUUAAGUGCUGCAUUACCGACCGGACAACUGGCACUGGAUUCUUUUCUUAAUUCGCUUACCAAAGGAAUAACGGAUCGACACAUUACUCUAGAGGAUCGCACACAAUGGUUAGCUUCGGACAUUGAUAAUUGCUCCUGUUGCUGUGAACUCCAGGGCAUUGAUCAAUGGCCAGACGAAGGUGAUAAAUGGACGAAAAGUUCCCGUGCGAAAAGAUUCCUGAGAAGUUGCGGAAACAGUUGUAUUUGCGCUAUAAGAUGCAUAAGACGGUUGAUCAAGAAGCUGGUCGAGCACAAAUAUUUUCAACAGGGUAUCUUAUUGGCGAUUUUGAUCAAUACUUUGAGCAUGGGAAUAGAAUAUCAUAACCAGCCAGAACAAUUGACUAUAGUGGUUGAGGUAAGCAAUAUUGUAUUUUCGGCCGUCUUUGCUGUGGAAAUGUUGCUCAAGAUAAUCGCGGAAGGUCCAUUUGGAUACAUAAGUAAUGGAUUCAACGUUUUCGAUGGUGUUGUUGUGGUGCUCAGCGUGGUGGAGAUUUGUCAAGCAUUCGUCGAGGAGAGGGGUGGCAGUUCCGGGCUGAGUGUGUUGAGGACUUUUCGGCUACUCAGAAUCCUGAAAUUGGUGCGUUUUCUACCAAACCUCCGACGACAAUUGUUCGUGAUGCUGCGCACUAUGGAUAACGUUGCCGUAUUCUUUUCCCUUUUAGUACUUUUCAUCUUUAUAUUCAGUAUUCUCGGGAUGAACCUGUUUGGUUGCAAAUUCUGUGAAACGAUGAAAGGCAGCUCUGACGUCGAGUGUGAUAGGAAAAACUUUGACUCGUUACUCUGGGCUAUUGUGACGGUGUUUCAGCAUCCUAGGGAUGUACCUGUUCGGGGAAAUGAAAGAAGAGAACGAGAACAAAGAGAAAUGGCUAGGCUUGCUGCGAAAGAAGCAGGAAUAGGCAGUGACGAUGGUUCUUCGAGAAUUUCAAGAUCUCAUUCGAUUACUGAUAGCGAUACCUAUACCCAGGAUCGAAAGAAUUCCUGGCAGAGUGCAGAAGAGUUGCGCAAAUACAAAGACAACAACAGCAAGGAAAAGCAGAAUACCGUAUGGAAGCAUCAAAUGGACGAGCCUAAGUGUAAUAUUCAAAAGGAGAAUAAAAUGAUGGGUGCUGCUGGUCAACCACCGAUAAUUACCCAUACAGCGGCCACUCCUCAAGACUCACCGAACACUACCCUCGACGUCGGUUACAGAGAUUUAAACUGUCGAGCUGUUUAUCCUACUGCGGCAUUGUCAAUCGAAUCUAUCGAUCGUUCAGGAAGUCAGUGUAGUAUUCCUUCCGGCUUGCUAAAGCUACCAGACGUUUCAAACAAAAUACCAACUAAAAAUCUCAUUGCCGGACAAUUUCCUCGACGAAUAAGCCUUGUUACCGCUGUUAUUAAUCCAGCAACGAGAGAAUCAUCUAGUUCAAGUCCACCAAGGAUACAAAGGGGUUAUUCGUGGAAAUUAUCACGGCCAUCUUUGAGGAAGAAACGUUGGUCACAAACGGAAGAUGAACCUCCUGGUAGAGCCACUGUUCUAAAUAACGGUCGAAGCACUAUAUUAGGUUCCAAUUCAACUUUCAACGGCGGUUAUUUACACGGUUCGAUAAGAAAUGACACACAAAGCGACACACCGAAUAAUCGAACGACCGUCCUAACAAGCAAUAAUCGUAGUCUCAGCCCUAAUAAUUCCAUCGAAAGCCGUAGCUCCUCCAUUAGACGUUACACAGCAACGCCCAAUCAAAUGCGAUGGAUUAGCGACCUUUCGCGAAGAAACUCGUUGCGUGGAAACGAAAAUGUUCAAUCACCAACAAGGAAGACUUUGCCUCUAGACGAGGUGCCUAUGCAAUGCUCAACGGCACGUACAAUCAAUAAUUUAUCAAUGGAGACUGGUCCACUGCCCAGAAUUAAACGACUUCCCGAUCAAGAUGAUGACAAUCCUCGUACAGACGAACAGACACCUCCCUUAAAUGGUCAUGGUAGUGCGAGCAGUAUCGAGAGAAUUAAAAAGAUUUUCAUGUUUUUUGAACCUAAAGGAUGCCUUAAGGAACGCGAUGAUUACUCAUUGUACAUUUUUCCACCGAAUAACAGAUUUCGUGUUUUAUGUCGAUUAUUGGUCGAUCAAAGAUGGUUUGAUAACGUGGUACUUUUUUUUAUCGGUCUUAAUUGUAUUACAUUGGCAAUGGAACGACCAAAUAUACCACCUGAUAGUGGAGAAAGACUUUUUUUAUCAACUGCGAAUUAUAUUUUUACCGCGGUGUUUGCUGUUGAAAUGUUUAUCAAGGUUGUUGCAUCUGGUAUGUUGUACGGCUCCGACGCUUAUUUUACUUCAGGUUGGAAUAUUAUGGACGGAGUUCUCGUAAUCAUUUCUAUAAUCGACUUAUCAAUGUCCUUACUGUCGUCGAGUAGUCCAAGAAUAUUUGGAAUAUUGAGGGUUUUUAGACUUUUAAGGUCACUAAGACCAUUACGGGUUAUUAAUCGAGCUCCUGGUUUGAAACUGGUUGUUCAGACAUUGUUAUCUUCUUUACGACCUAUCGGCAAUAUCGUUUUGAUAUGCUGUACUUUUUUCGUAAUCUUCGGUAUCUUGGGCGUGCAGCUCUUCAAGGGUGCCUUUUAUUACUGUGAGGGGCCUGAUAUUAAAAAUGUACGCAAUAAGACGGACUGCCUGGCCGACAAACGGAACGUUUGGUUAAAUAGAAAAUACAAUUUCGACGAUCUUGGAAAAGCGCUGAUGUCGUUGUUUGUACUCUCCUCGAGAGAUGGAUGGGUGAACAUCAUGUACACUGGAUUGGAUGCUGUAGGCGUCGAUCAACAGCCAAUCGAGAAUUAUUCGGAAUGGCGGCUAUUAUAUUUCAUAGCUUUUAUUCUACUCGUGGGCUUCUUCGUCCUAAACAUGUUUGUAGGCGUUGUAGUGGAAAAUUUUCACAGAUGUCGUGAGGAACAGGAAAAAGAAGAGCGCGUAAGAAGGGCUGCUAAACGAGCCUUACAAAUGGAGAAGAAACGGCGAAAAAUGCACGAACCGCCUUAUUACACAAAUUAUUCAAAAUCGAGACUGUUCGUACAUAACGUUGUGACGUCUAAAUAUUUCGACCUAGCAAUUGCUGCGGUAAUCGGCCUGAAUGUUGUUACCAUGGCAAUGGAAUUUUACAUGAUGCCAAAAGCUCUGACUUAUGCUUUAAAGAUAUUUAAUUAUUUCUUUACCGCGGUCUUCAUCCUUGAAUCUUUUAUGAAGCUUCUUGCCUUAGGUUUACAUCUUUACCUUAAAGACAAAUGGAAUCAGUUAGAUGUAGGAAUCGUGAUACUAUCGGUAGUUGGUAUAGUACUUGAAGAAGUUGAGUCGAAGAUCAUUCCGAUUAAUCCUACUAUAAUUCGAGUCAUGCGAGUUUUACGAAUCGCCAGAGUUUUGAAGCUGCUCAAAAUGGCAAAAGGAAUACGAGCUCUUUUAGACACGGUAAUGCAGGCAUUACCGCAAGUUGGAAAUUUGGGACUAUUGUUUUUUUUGCUCUUUUUUAUCUUCGCAGCUCUUGGUGUAGAAUUGUUUGGACGUUUAGAAUGUAGUGACGACAUGCCUUGCCAGGGUCUCGGAGAGCAUGCCCAUUUUAGUAAUUUUGGUAUGGCGUUUUUGACGCUUUUUCGAGUGGCCACUGGCGACAAUUGGAACGGUAUCAUGAAAGACACUCUGAGAGACGAUUGUGACGAAGCAGCGGACUGCGUGAAGAAUUGUUGCGUGAGCACCAUCAUAGCCCCGAUAUUUUUUGUAAUUUUCGUGCUGAUGGCACAAUUCGUUCUUGUUAACGUCGUCGUCGCUGUACUCAUGAAACAUCUCGAGGAGAGUCACAAACAGAUGGAAGACGAGUUGGAUAUGGAAACACAGCUAGAAAGAGAAUUGGCCGCAGAGCAAGAAGAAUUAUUGGAAGUAGAAGAAGAGGAGGAAGACGAUGAAACUAUAAAACGAGAAAGAGACGACGGUGACAUGGACGAAGAUGACGACGUUAGAGAACGCGAGUCUAUUUUAGUGACGAAUGAAAAGAUUCCUGCUAGCAGACCUGGUCUCGCGAAAGUUCGUUCCUUGCCUGCAAAUUUUAUUUACAAUCCGCCACGGGAGAAAAGUGCAGACGAUGGAACGAUAUCAGUGUCAUUAUCGCGACGCAGUUCGUAUCAUCGUUCUAGUUCAAGGCCGUCCAAGUUCAAAUCGAAACGUAGACAAACGUUUCACUCGGGGCAUCAUCAGAGGAGAUCCUUACUGCCGAUGCAUUUUGAAGUCGCCGAAGUUUUCGAGAAGCCUGUGAGCAAUUUAAGUGUGCCUCGAAUCAUCCCUCAACACAGCUAUGGUGCAGCAAGUCGAGAUGUCAGCCACGUGCAGCGUCAAAGGUUACAGGCAAUCAGCGACCAUGGACAAGAAAACAAGUCUCUGUUGAGCGUGAGUAAACCGCCAGCGAGCUCUUCUUCCCCUGUGUCGCUGGCCGGUUCUAUAACAACUCUAACCUGUCCUAAAAUAAGCAGCGAACGUUAUCUAAUACCAACGCCCAAUAUCUACCCGUCCAAGGCGACGUUGAGUCGCAGGCCAUCGAGCGACACGCAGUCACAAUCCGAUACGAACGUCAGCAUCGGAAACAUCGCCUCAAAAACGGGGAACGCAAUGAACGGAUGCAUGGAAACAGGCGCGUCGAGAAGCAAUGGCGGCAGAUCGAACGACUCGAAGGGGAAGAACGAGAGACGGGUAUCCGCUCCACCCAAGGACGAUCUUGACGUGCAGUCGAUCAUUAACGAAAGGAGACCGUCCAAACUGAAGAGCGGAAAUUCGACGGGAGCAACGAGUAUCGUCGGUGAUCAAUACCCCCCCUCGUCAACUCGAGCGGGAAAUUAUGCUCAUGUCUACGUGGCUGAGGAACGUUCCGAGGAAGUGUCACCUAUGUCGACCGGCAACAUGAGCGACAGCAUCAUGGGGAGCAGCAGCGCGAGCGGGAGUGGAAGUGGAAGUGUGACUGGAAGUGGAACUGUGAACGGUAGCGUGAGUGGAAGCAGGAACGGAAGCGCUGUGGUGCAUGUAACGGAAGGGGUAUGCGCCACCAUUGGCUCGGACGUUCGUAUAUACGUGGACGAUACCGAUUCAGCGAGCAGUAACAACCAUCAGAGAAGGAAGCCGAGCGAGGGGACACCGGAAGCGUCGACGACCAUUUCGUCGGUGACCGCGCUACCAGAUGUGACGAUAGAGGAAACGGGAAAAAGAUUCGAUGGGGCGUCCUCUGGUGGCCCAUCGGAUCCUUCUUAAGUAACGACUCCUAUCUUCGAUGCGUUUAGAAAAAAGUAACAAAAACAAAAAAAAAAAAAAAGAAAAAAGUAAUCGGUUCUACCGAGAAAAAUGGUAUAGAUUUCUAUUGCAACCGCUAGCCAACCAUGGUAUCGAACGGCGAAGUACCAUGGAGAGUGCUGCGAGGGUUCAAUGUUGGGCUCUAAGAAAGACUGUAGUGCAUGACAAUAUAGUCGUUAUAUUCUAGUCACUUUGCCGCCGUGAACUUGCCAAAAUAGGAAAGGAACCGAGCGUUUAGGCCGAGUUGGAAAUGCUAGAAAGUGGAGGGAUAGGGAAAGAGAGAAGGGAGAGCGAGUGAGAUGAAAGCGAAGAGUAUAUAAUAAUAAUUAAAAAAGUACGAUUGAAUAAUCGAUCAUGGACAAAUAAGGUUAGUUGUCAGUUGUGCGUUAUUAAACGCGCGGAAUGAAAAGGAAGGAAAAGAAAACGUGAAUGAGAGAGAUUGCGCGUGUGCGUCAAUCGUGAAAUUUAAUGUGCGUAAAACGAAAAGCGAAAUCAGUUAAAAAGAAAAAGAAGAAAAAAAAAUAAAGAAAAAAAAAGAAAUGAAAAACCUAUGACAAUCUAUUAUUGCCAACGGAACCGAUCUUAUGUUCCGUGAAAAAAAUACAUCGUGGAAGUCGAAUUCGUAGGAAUUGGUAGGAUGAAGAACGACGUAGUUUCUGCGUCGAUAAUUAGAGAAAUUUACGUAGUCGUUAGGUGAACUUGAGAACAAGAAAAAAAAAAAAAGAAAAAAGAAAAAAAAGAAGAAAAAACAAAUUUGUCGAGUCUACGCGACAAUUGCAAUUAAUCGGACCACACUUUCUCGCCUUUCCUUUUUCUCCAACUCGUCGAAUAAAAAUAAACGUGUGUCGUUCGCAGGAGAGUUUCGAGAGCCACGGUAGGUCGUGGGUAGCUCUCGACGAGAGGAACGAAACGUGCCAAAUCAAAGAUGCGCAAAAUAAUAAAGGAAAAAAAAAAAAUAAUAAUAAUAAAAAUGGUCAUUACCGAAGUGCCAGAAAAUCUAGAUAAAAAAAAAAAGAAAAAAACAGUUUCGGAAUAUAAAAGAAGAAACAGAAAUAAAAAGUAGCAUAGUCUUUUCGUGAUCGCGAGACGGAGAUUUUAGCUGCGGAAAUAAAGAAAAAUUACAAAAAAGAAAAAAAAAAGGAAAAUCGUGUAUCAAUACUAGUUAAGAGCUUCAUAAUAAAAAAUAUCCUCAGAACCAACGUAGUGUGUGGUGAAAGGAGAAAAAUAAGGUCGAACAAAUAUUGUUACGAUUGGCUAAAAUAAUAAACAGCCAGUUUAUAGCAUAAUCGAUUAUAAUGGUAUUUUUGUCACCUCUUUCAAGCUAACUCUAUAUAAAAGAAAAAAAAAGAAAAAAAAACACUCGACGAUUAGCUCGGAGUUCGAGAUAAAGUACGAUUAGAAAUUUAAGACUAACUCCGACGUUGUGAUAAUCUUUAAUACAAAUUGAAACUCGUACAAUUUAUGUAAUCUCUAUGUCAAUUGGUAUCACUUCGACGGGUUCACGUGGAAAGCUAUGCAGAUACCAGCUGCCGUGUACUUCCGGAUAAUCCUGCGGCGACUGACGAUGAGUGAAAUAUUCUCUUCGUUUCCUUCUCUUCGUUUCUUUCUCGCGUUCUAGAACGUUCUUCUCAUUAACAUCUGUGAUAUACUUUAAUCGUAGUGUAUUUCCUACAUAAAAGAGAGGGGAGAGAAAGAAAGAGGAAAAAAAAAAAUGCAAUGAAAAAUGCAACAAGGCGAACGUCAGAGAGAGAGAGAGAGAGAGAGAGAAAUAGCGAGACGAGAACAAGAACAAAGAAUAAAGAGACACGGUAAAUAGAGAAGCAAAAAUAGAAAAAAAAAGAUAGUAAUGCGAUUUUUUGAUAAAAAUAAAAUGAAAAAAACAUAAAACAAGGACAAGUGUGGGACUGUAUGGAUGAGAAGUGAGGAGAAAAAGAAUAAUAAUAUAAAACACAUAAAUAUAUAAAUUAUAUAGAAACUCUACUGUACAUACAUACACUUACGAAUAUUCUAUACUAUAUACUCGGUGUGGUUUAUUUUGAUACUACCGCGUGCGGUAAUAUUUAACGAUUGUCGGAGAUAAAUUCAACAAAUUAUAAACGAAGGGAGAAAAAAAAAUAGAAAAGAAAAAAAAAUAAGAAAAAAAAAUAAGAAGAAGUAUAAUAAAGUAAAUACAAUUCUAUGCCUUCUAACGUUGACGAACGUUGACGAACCUUCGUGCGGUGGUGGUGCCCGCGCUUCGAGCGAUCAAAGGCAAUUGGCGACUCCUCUUCGUUGUCUCGAAGUUUCAUAGGUUGCUAUUACGUUAACGAGCGCCAUAUUGCUUUCCAAAUAAGAGAAAGAAAGAAAAGAUAACAACUGUAACUCGACUGGACCGAAUGAUCGAUCGAUUAAACGAGAGAAUCGAUCUUGUUUUUGUUCCAACGAUGAACGAUUAAUAGCUGCUUUGCCUGUUACGUGUCGUCUUCGAUCGUUCGAUAAUCAUAGGCGUAACGAACUAUUACCAAAGUACUAUAAUAGUAAUAUAAUAGUAUCUAUGUGUAAAUCGUUGAAUCUGUUAAUCAAGGCAGCUGUUAAUUAAAAAAUACGGAACAAUCGUUUAAAUCGUCACUUGUUAAUCGUUGAACGUUCGACAAGCGAGACAAUCGUUAGCAAGGUAUAUAAUAUAAUGUAUAGAUCAGUUUGAUUCUUCGAUCGAUCGAUUAAUCGUGUGAUCAGUAGUAAACGAAACUGCUUAGUGAUGUCGACUGUUCAUAGCCAAAAAUAACUUCGUUUAAAAGGUCUAACGUAAAUCUCGUACGCGCAUAAUGGCGCCUAUUCUACUUGUACUCUUUGGAAAAUGAUGGAUCUCCAUUAGAUUGUUUGUUGCAAUUAUCGAAAUUGGUAUGUGAGAUAUAAAAUUUUGGUUGAAUUAUAAAAAUAUAACGGUGGAAUUUAUAAAUCGAAAGAAACACACAAAAGAGAGAAGAAAGAAAAAGAAAAAGAGAAAUGUGCCAUAAAAUGUGAAUAUUCGUGGAAAUUAGAACGAUCAUAAUCAUGAUUGUCGCGUAUUGGACCUUCCUUGGACCUUUUAAUCAGAACUCCUAGAUUCUAACGUAUUCGUAUGAUACAUAUGUAUAUAUACAGAUAUAUAAUAAUAUAACGCGCGUCUCUAUGGCACCACGACCGAAUUUCGAUAGCUCGAUAGCGUUAGACGACUGACCUCCGAAUUAUAGUUUACUCUAGCCACGGGAUGAAUCGUGUAACCGUGCGCGAAAAUUCGCCGAUCAGCUGCACGUGUAUUAGUGAGACAGACGCAGAAGAAUUUUAGAC